CCAUCAAACCCGCCAGUGAACGAGCGCCAUCGCACAGACCGCGGCGUCGGGCUUGCUCAAAAGCUGCCCGCCGAUCGCCGAUCGCUCUCUCACUCUCACGCACGCCGUGCUUCGUCUCGAUCGCCUCCUCCUUCCCGUGCUAUGCUGUUUCUGAAUCGCUGCUUACUGGCCGCGGCCGUCGUCGCGCUGCUGGCCCUGCUCUGUGCGCCUGUCUCGGCGUCGGUCAUCGGCAUUGACUAUGGCGCCGAGUGGUUCAAGGUCUCGAUUGUCAAGACUGGCGUCCCGCUUGAGCUGGUGCUGAACCGAGAAUCCAAGCGCAAGACCAAUGCUCUGAUGACCUUCAACAAGGGCGUUCGCCACUUUGGCUCGGAUGCCGUGGCGCUGAAUGGUCGCUUCCCCAAACAAACCUACCCUGCUCUCAAGCGGCUCCUCGGCCAGAUCUGUGACAGCAACGUUGCCGAGGGUUACAGCCACGAGUUCCCGGUCGUGCUGAAGAAAGAUGCUGUCCGUGGGACCUGCUUGGCUCUGGACGAGCAAGGCAACGAGUACUCGGUCGAGGAGCUGGUCGGAAUGCAACUGGCGCACGCCAAGGAGCAGGCCGUCCUCUAUGGACAGGAAUCCGUCAGCGGCGCUGUGAUUACGGUCCCCCCCUACUUUAACCAGUUUGAGCGCCAGGCGAUUCUCGAUGCCGCCGAGCUGGCCAAGCUGAAUGUUCUCUCGCUGAUCAAUGACGAAACAGCGGUGGCAAUCAACUACGGCAUGCUGCGCCGGUUCGAAAACGGGCCCGAGUACCACAUCUUCUACGACAUGGGUGCUGGAAACACCGUGGCUUCUUUGAUCAAGUUCAGCAACGAGACCAUCAAGGUGUCCAAGUACAAGAACAAGCACAUCAUCCAGGUCGAAGUUGUCGCCACGGCCUUCGAUACCACCCUGGGCGGCCAGUCGAUCGAUGCCAAGAUCCAGAAGGACCUGGCCGAGAAGUUUACGGACCUCAACAAGGGCAAGCUCAAAGGGACUGCCUUUGAUGACCCCCGAGCCAUGGCCAAGUUCCGGAAGGAAGCCAACCGCAUCAAGCAUAUCCUCAGCGCGAAUACCGAGACAUAUGCCUCGAUCGAGGGUGUGAUGGAAGAUCGCGACUUCAAAGUGCUCUAUACUCGCAAGGAGCUCGAGGCUCUCAGUGCCGAUCUGGUCGAUCGCGUGCUUUUGCCCAUCAACGAGGUCUUGGAGAAGGCCAACGCCACGAUGGACAAGAUCAACUCGCUCGUUCUGGUUGGUGGCGGCGUUCGCGUUCCGUUUGUCCAGCAAGUCCUGUACAAGAGCAUCGACGAGAGCAAAAUUGUCAAGAACGUGAACCAGGACGAAGCCGCCGUGCUCGGUGCCGGAUUCUGGGCGGCGACUUUGAGCAAGCAGUUCAAGGUGCUCGAGAUCUCCGUGAAGGACAUCAACACCUUCCCGAUCGAAGUGGUGUAUAGCCCCGAGCCCAAAGGUGACAAGAAGCGCCCGGCCUUCCAUACCACCGUCUUCUCCAACACCACCCUCCUUGGCGCCGAGAAGAUCUUCAACUUCAAACGCCAGAGCAAUUUUGACUUUGAGCUUGCUUACAAGGGCAGCGGUGUCGUGAUUGCCCAGGGAAGCAUCGGCGGUAUCGACGAGUUUGUGGAAAAGCACAAGGACCAGCAGAUCCAGGAGAGCAAAAUCAAGCUCGGCAUGCGUCUGGACAGCAACGGCAUCGUCAGCAUCAAGGAGGCCCGCGGCUACUUUGAUAUCCACAAUGGACCCAAGGGCCUGUUCGACUCGCUGAAAGAUGGAAUCCAGUCAGUGCUUGGAGCGACCAAGGAUGAUGAGAGCGGCGAACUCCCUGGCGAUGACGUCAAGACUGCCGACGGUGCUGCCAACGAAACCGAAGCCGGCACCCUUGACUCUGAGAAGAAGUUUACUACAGAGAAGGCCAAUCUGACUGUGGCGAUCCAGUGGAAGACCCUCGUGCCCUUGUCUGUUGAGGAGAAGACCAAGUCUCGCAGCAGACUGUCGGAGAUGGACGCCGAGGACGCCCGUCGCAAGGCCAGAGAAGAGGCCCGCAACCAGCUCGAGACCUAUAUCUACAGCAGCAAGGAGUUGCUGUGGGACGAUGAUGCCGAGGCCGUCACGACCGAGGAGCAGCGCGAGACUCUCAAGCAGCGCCUGGAAGAAAAGUCGGACUGGCUCGAUGACGAGGCCGAGAAGGCCGAGACCUCUGCCUUUGUCAAACAAAAGCGAGAGAUUGAAGACCUCCGCGGCCCGAUCGACUUCCGCCGCAGCGAGCUGCGGGGCCGCGACGAAGCCGUCAAGGGUCUCCGCGCUGUGAUUGAGAACUCUCUCGCCCUGGCCCAGAACGUCUCGGAGCGCGAGAACAAGCUCCCGGAUCCCAGCGACCGCCUGUUUUCCGUAGAGGAGAUGGAAAAAAUCACUAAGAAUGUCCAGGACGCCGAGCUGUGGCUGAACACCAAGCUCGAGGAGCAGUCCAAGCUCAAGUCCUACGAAACCCCUGUCCUGCAAAUCGCAGAGAUCCAGCGCAAGAGCCGCGACGUCAGCGGCGAGGUCACGCCUCUGCUUCUGCGCCGCCCCAAGCCCAAGAAGACCACCUCUGCCAAGAAGAAGACGGAAGAGAGCCCCAAGACCGAGGAAGCCGAUAAGACAAAGGAGGGCGAAGGCGCCACCAAGACCAAGGCCGAGGAGGAGGAAACCACCAAGCCCACGGCUGGCGACUCGACCAGCGAGAGCUCGAGCCGAGCCACCAACAAGGACCAUCCUGUCAAGAAGGAGCUCUAGUGUAGAUUGGUGCCGAUCGGCGCAGUAGAAAUGGCCCACGAAUACAGCAAUGGCCGUCGCCCGCA